GUAUAAAAACCCAGAGGACGCAAAGCAAGCAUUGGAAAAAAUGAAUGGAUUCGAGUUAGCCGGAAGAACGAUUAAAGUAGGUCUUGUCACUGACAAGAGUAGUGGCAUGAACUUGAACCUUGAUGAUGGCGAUGUUGCAGGCUUGGCCCUCAACGCGCAAUCAAGGGUGGAAUUAAUGCAAAAGCUAGCCCGCGAUACAGACUUAAUCGCUCCUACGACUGCUCCCGUUUUAUCAGAACCACCGAAACCCGUUCAGCCGAGAGUGAAUCCGACUCGCUGUGUAUUGUUAAAAAACAUGUUUAAUCCAGAAGAUGAAACUGAAUCAAAUUGGGCCGAGGAACUUGAAGACGAUGUAAAGACCGAAUGCGAAAAAUUUGGUACAGUAGUUCACAUCAGUGUCGAUAAGGAAUCUGAAGGAGACAUUUAUAUGAAAUUUGAUAGUGUGCCGGCCGCCCAAAAUGCGGUGAAUGGUCUUAACGGACGAUGGUUCGGAGGAAAUCAAAUAUCGGCGGUCUUUAUUCUCGACAUGUUUUAUAACAUGCUUGAAGUUGAAGAUGCAACGAUUAAAUCAAGCGAGUUUAGCAGUCAAGCGCCUGCGGAUUCGCUUCAAUCAGACACAAAAAUUCAGACGUUUUCGGGAGACCUAGAUAAAGUGAUUAAUGAGGAAUUGGUUAUGAACACAGAUCGUUGUCACAUACGACAAACAAGGAAGAUAAUUCGGUACACCAAGGAGGAAUUAUUGGCUUUACGUCUGAGUCCAUUGGUGAAGCCACCGGACGCUCUGCCACCAAUUAGUUCAUGGUUCGGGGAGCCCGUCAUAAAAAAAGAGAGUAGGAAAAAUAAUAAUACUGAUGGUUCACAGGAAAGUGAGAAGAGUAAACAAAAUAGUCACAACCUUGGCGAAGGAUUAAGUAAAGCGAAAGACGAUUCAAAUACACUCGGGAUUCCGGAAAGUCCCUUAUUGGGGGUCUCCAGGAGCCCUAAUGGGUCGGAACCGACUUCUCCAAGACCAUCAGGCUUAAAAAAUACCGAAGAUAAGAUAGCUCAAGUGAGGACCAACAGAUCCGAAGGAUUGCGACAGCGCCAAGAGGAUGUCUCAUUUUCGAGGACCGGGGUCAAGGAUUUCGAGGUUCGGGCGCCUCGUGGACCCACAGGUGGACGAGGAUUCGUGGGUAGGGAAGCUCUUCGAGAUCGCACUUUGACCGAAAAGACGCUCAAGGAACAAACCGGAUCCCUGCAUAACACGCACGGAAGAGGAUUUAGUCAUUCACGGUCUCAUGAAACCACCAGGAAUAAUCGAAGAGAUGGAGGUAUUAGUGGGAAAGAUCAUUUGGGCAGAGCGAAUAAUUAUUCCAGACAUCAACAUUCCGAAGAGAAAUCGGAAACACCGGAAUGGAUGAAUUAUAACCCGCAUACCGAUGAAGAUUCAAAGCAUGGUGAAAAUGGGGAAGAUUCGUUGCAGAACGGUUCAAAAGACAAAAGUUCAUCCGAUUUCGAUGAAUCCUCGCGGAAUUUGUCAAAUGUUGAUCAGCUCUUUGGUCCUGGUGGGAUUGACCUCAAUUCUUCUGCUUUCGAUAAGUUCCUCUCACAGCACAACCUUGCCAUGGCUGAAGAUAAUGUAUCAAAAGUAGGGCCAAAAAGCGCCGAGGUGAUUCCCCGUGAACAGGGCACAUCACGUUUUGCCAGAUUUUUUACAAAUAGUGAUAUUGACAAAGAAUCCCAAGAGAGUGGGAACAACGGGAGACGGACGAGAUUGCCGAUGCCAACACAAGGUCAAAUUCAAAAUACCUCGAGCGAGUUAAAAUCUAUUAGCAUUGAUGCAUUGUUCCAAAGCCAAGCUGCGGUACCUCCCAUCUCUCCUCGGAUAACGCCUAAUGAUGGCACACGCAUGCUAUCUGGAAUGCUAACGGAAGACGAGGUUCUAAAAACUUUGGGUGCAAAACCGGCACAUAAACCUGAAAACAAGGAACGUAAUUACGAAGAUGAGGCCGCCAUGAACAAAAUAUAUGCGGCCUUAAAAAAGGGACCCUCCUCGGAAGUGCCAAGGCAAAACUCACCGAAUGUUCCGUCUUCAUCGAAUCAACCUCAACAACAUUCUACGAUAUCGCAGUCUGGAUUACCAUUCAACGAUCCUUCUAUUGUUAGCACACAGAAGUCGAACCCGAUGGGAAAGUCUGGUCAACAGCAUCUACCUAAAGUUGAUGCGUCGAACAAGCAUUUAGGAUUUUCCGAGUUGCCACCGACAGAUUCCGCCAAAAAAAUCAAUAUGCUUUUUGGAGGAAAUGUGCCAACUUCUGUAUAUCGACAGUUGAGUUCCAGGUCAGAUAAUGGUUCCAGAGAAUCGUCAGCCGCAUCUUCACCGGCAUUGAAAUUCAAUGCCAAACCUAAUAUUUCAAACUUUCCGCACUCACCACAAUCAUCGGCACAUGUUCAUGAUAUUCAUGCGCCGAUUUUUAAAUCUCCCCCUCCACGUUCACCCGUUCUUCCCCAUCAAAGUCACAAUCACUCUCCUUAUCACAACGUCGUUCCUCCGUACUCUAACGGUCCAAGUAUUCCUCAACAUACAAACAAUCGACAAGAAUACCCACCACCCGUGGGAAGAAAUAUACCGGUAGAACAGUUGUUUGGAAUGAUGCCACCGCGUAACGUUUCCCAACAAAUUCAUCCUCAAUUUCCACAACCUCUUAUUCCCGUCUCCAUGCCUCCCCCCUUACCAUACGGCCUCCAACAUCAACCUCAACUUGAACGAUACUCCCAGCAACCUCAAUUCACCGGUGCUCCCAUACCUCAACAUCUUUCCGUGCACCAUCAUCCCGGCGUGUUACCUCCUGGCACUGAAGCCUUGUUCGCGAACAUGCAUGGGUAUGCUCAAUUCAUUCCGAACCUUGUCAACAACGCGAUGACGCCGAAUAAUAUACCAGGAAUCCCAAAUAAUUCAAAUCUUCAACAACGCGGAAUGAUGACUCUGGAGGAGAUCGAGAGACGAAGCUUGGGCGGACGUUGA